UGUGACGGGUCGCUCCUCUCUUCCCUCUGAGACAGGACUGGGCCAGAAGAUCCAGCAAGAGCCAGAGAGCUCCCAAACCAGUCCCUCCUGCUCCGCUGCCCCAUAUCUUCCCCUUGUUUCUGCUCCUUCUCCAGGAAGCCACUUGCACUCCCUCACCCCCCUAGGCUCAUACUCCUCUCCACUGCUCCCCUGGCCUAUAUGGGGCUCCUGGAACAAUGAGAAGAUGGGACGUGAGUCUGGAAGGGAGAACCAAUCGACUGGGGAGGCUGGAAUCCCAGGGUCCCGAGUGUGGCCUUGCGUUACAGUCAGGAAUGAGAGCCCAGCGAGGGUAACAGAAGCAGGGGAACCCUCCCUGAACCCCAAGGCCAUCCUGGAGCUGCCCCUGAAGAGUCUGGCCCAGAAGCUGGAGGAUGAAGAGCUCAGUCUGGAGAGUGUCCUCGGUAGCUACUUAGAGGAGGCCCUGAAGGUACAUAAGAAGGUAAACUGCCUGACGGAUUUCCUGGGCGAGUGUGAGGAGAAACUGCAGGCAUUGAAGAAGCUCAAGAAGACUGAGAGAGGCCUUCUCUAUGGGGUUCCCAUCAGCCUCAAGGACACCUAUGACUGCAAGGGCCAUGACUCUACGUGUGGCCUGGCCCAGUUCCUGGAGAAGCCUGCGGCCAAGGAUGGGGUCAUUGUGAAAGUGCUCAAGGCUCAGGGAGCUAUUCCCUUGGUUAAGACCAACAUCCCCCAGACACUGCUCAGGUCUCUGAAAUGGCAUUUAGCGUACCUACUCUUGCGAGGAACCUGUUCCCAAUUCUGA